CCGCUGGUUAGGUUGUUCGUUUCUCGUUCUUUUCUUUCUAAAUACGUCUUCUACGCUACGGAUCCUGAUCAGAAGACAUUCUGACGAGACGAGAUCACUGCCGGAGUCAUUGCAGAAAAGGAGGAGGAAGGAGGGUGUAGAGAUGUCGGAUAAGGGAUGAGAUGGUCGGAGACAAGGGGAUAACCCUUAAUGCCAACAAUAAUAACCAGCAGCCAGGAACACCAUACGAAAAAUCGGUGCAUAAUUUGCACCAUGACCAGAAGUGGCAAGAGGAGGCCAGUGUGGGGAAACGUGUCGCACUCUAUCGGCUCCAAGGGGAGCUAGGCCGGGGAAACUUCUCAACUGUCAAGCUGGGCACUCAUGAACUUACAAAGGAGAGAGUUGCUGUAAAAAUCCUUGACAAAUCGAAGUUGACCCCAAAGGCCAAAAAAAUGUUAGCCAAAGAAAUUUCAAGCAUGGAAUCAGUACAUCAUAAGAAUAUCAUUAGGUUAUUUGAGGUAGUAGAAACAUAUACUAAAUUACACUUGGUAAUGGAAUUCGUAAAUGGUGGAGAAUUAUACCAUCGUCUUACAACUGAUGGAAAAAUGAAAGAACCAGAGGCCAAACUAGCCUUUGCUCAAAUAUUGUCUGCUGUAAAACACAUACAUGAAAGAAAUAUCAUACAUAGAGAUAUAAAGGCUGAAAAUGUGUUUUGUGGCCCAAGAGGAAUUGUCAAACUGGGAGACUUUGGUUUCAGUACAAAAGUUUCGGGAGGGGAAGAGCUAAAAACGUUUUGUGGUUCUCCACCAUAUGCAGCUCCAGAGUUGUUUAAAGAUGAUAGUUAUUCUGGACCACCAGUUGAUAUUUGGGCACUCGGUGUACUAUUAUUUUUUAUGCUGACUGGUCAGAUGCCCUUCCCAGCUGAUUCGAUUGCUGGUCUCAAAAGGAGUAUACUUUUAGGCGUUAUUACCGCUCCUGCACACCUUUCUUUACCAGCUAGAACUCUAAUAAGAGCUAUCCUGAGGCAAAAUCCAUCAGAGAGGUAUACUAUUGAUCAAAUUUCUUCAGCAGAAUGGAUGAAUGGAACUUCUAUCAAUGGUGGUCUUUGUGAAAGUUGGACUCUAACUCCAACGAUUGGUACUGAAAAAGAAAUGUCAAAAGAAGAAAAGGCUGCACGUGAACGUCUUGAAUCACUAGGUAUAAAAGCUGAACAGCUGGAAGCUGAAAUUGGGAAAGGUGCCAGGAGUCCACUGGUUGCAACUUAUCGCAUUGUCAUUCAUAGGCUACUAGCAAUUCCAAACAAUGUACAACCGACUAAACCUCAAAAGUCCCGUGCAUGUGCCCUAUUAUAAUUUAAACUUAUAUGUUAUUUAUUAAAUUUGAUGUACCUAUAACCAUAUCAGCAAUCAUUAUGUAUUUUUAUGUUUCAUUUUAUAUUUAUAACCAUAGUACUAAAUAUUAUAAGUAUCUAUUUUAGAGAAUAUAACAAAAGCAAUGAACAAAAUGAUUUUUUUUUUUUAAAC